CUUUUCUUGUUCCUUUUUCCCUUUUUUUUACUGCUGUUGUUCUGCUCUUACAGAGCGAGUUCCUUUGAUAUUCAAUAUACCGCAAUGGCAAGCGAUGACCGCUCCGGGGAGCUGGUCGGGGUGCUCGCCUUCUUCAUGGCAGUUUGCACGAUCCUGGUUGUUUUGCGAUGCUAUUGCAAGAUGUUCAUCGUAAAGGCUUUCGGUAGUGAUGAUUAUUGUUGCAUAAUAUCGCUGAUCGCGUUUCUUGCGUUCUGUAUUCUUGGUUUCUUAGGGAUAGCGAACGGUACGGGCAAAAAGAAAUAUCUUAUUCCCGACGAUAAGUAUCCCGAAGGUAUGAAGUGGUGGUGGUCAUGCGAGCCAGUAUACAUGGUGCACACGUUCUUUCUUAAACUCAGCAUCGGCAUCUUCCUUCUACGCAUCGCUGUGGAAAGAGCCCAUCGAAUCAUCCUGUGGAUCGUGUUGAUCGCCGUCGAACUCUACACUGUCUUUUUCUGCCUUCUUUUCAUCUUCCAGUGCAGGCCCAUCAACCUGGUGUGGGAAAUUUUCCGUGGCGGCACUGGCAGCUGUAUCCCUAGAUCUACGCAGAUUGGUGCUUUUUAUGGUUUCUCGGUGAUCAGCUGUAUUGCCGACUGGACAUUUAGUAUCAUACCGAUAUUUAUUGUGUACAAGUUACAAAUGAGUCGUCGGAAGAAGAUCACAGUUGCUAUCCUGCUAGGUCUAUGCGCCAUUGGUUCCACCGCGACCAUCAUCCGAAUCCCCUACGUCCAAAGCCUCAACAACGAAGCCGAGUUCCUCUACGCGACCAUCGACAUCGCAAUCUGGGCCACCUGUGAAGGCGGCAUCGGCAUCGCCACAUCAGCAGCCGCAACCCUCCGUCCUCUCCUCCGCCAGGUCUUUGGCGAAUCCGUCCCGGGGAGCGCCUCAAACAAACAAUCGUCACGAAACUGGGGUGGCAAUAGCCGCUCACGUCUGGGCUACAUACACCAAACCGACACCAACAACGAGAUUGGAAUUCCACUCAAGGAUCAGGAUAACAAGACCGCACGGGUGCACUCGGGGGACGAGGAAUCGAAUCGGUCGCGGAGCACGACGGGCCUGAGAGAUUGGGAGCACGAGAAGGAAGAUGAAUGGCAGGAUGAUCGCACUGCUGGUGUUGAGCCUCAGUUUGGUGCAAUUGUGAAGACUACCAGGAUUACGCAGCAGUAA